AUGCCUUACACCUUGCCGACGGACAGAGCCGUUGGUCUGAAAUUUCGGCGCGACGUUCUCGGGCUCACAUGGUACAGAGACGGAGCGUCAGAGACGACAGCGAAGAUUGCUUGGCAACGGAGACAAAGGAAGCGCAGUGCAAAUUGUGCGAAGGAUGAAGCCGUUGGCGGACAGCAGAUGGGACAUUGGCGGCUUGUUGUCGGUUGGAUGCGCAUUGAAGAGAAGACGAAAGGUCGGUUCGAGGCGGUGUUGGUUGCAUCGACCUCGAAGCUACGGAAGUACUGUAGUGUACAGCGCACAAAGCACCGAGUACCUACGAGCUUCCACCGUGCAAUACCACCGUCUCUCGCAUCAAAAGCUCCCCUCAACGAGACGGCCGCUCUUCAGAACCCUCAGAGCCCGCUGCGCCGAGCCGUGUAUCCUCCACUCUGGGGCCCUCGAUAUUAUAUCCUGCCUCCGUCCCUCUCCUCCCCACGGUCGGCCGGUCAAAAGAGUGUCAUCAUGCCUUCACGCUAUGCCGUUGUGUCCCUGCCCCUCGGCGUCUUCGACUCUAGCAGUAAAGUCGAUGCCAUCUCGUCUCUAAGCGCCUCCAUUUCACCAGAUAAUGGCUCUGUCAACUCCUUCAACAUCCCCGAUUUUAAGAUUGGCACCCUUGACGCCCUAGUUCAGCAAGCCGAUGAUCUAGCCAAGCUCGAGACGACAUGUCAAUCCGUCGUCACCAAAGUCGGCGAGUCGCUCCGAUCUGUUCUAGACAAUGAUGAAGAGCGCCUAGCUUCUUACAAAAUGGUCAAUGACAAAGGUAUCAUUGUCUUUCGUGUUGAGAAACAAGACAAUUUGGCUGAAUUGUGCUUCCCACAGGAACUGGUCACGGUGGACAAUGACGUCAAAACCAAGUUCAGCCAGUACAACACUGUCAAAUCGAACCUUGCCGCUUUACAGCGGCGCCAGACAGGAAACCUCGCAACCAGGUCAUUGACUCCCAUCGUGAACCCGAAGCUCCUCAUUAAAGAUUCCGAAUACAUCGAAACACAUCUUAUCGCCGUGCCAACUAACGCCAAGAAGGAAUUCAUCAAAACCUAUGAGACGCUAUCUCCUAUGGUCGUGCCCCGAUCCUCUGUAGAAGUUGACCACGACGACGAGUUCACUCUUUUCGCAGUCGCCACUUUCAAGAAAUAUAGUGCAGAAUUUAUUCACAAAUGUCGAGAGCAAAAGUGGACUCCACGUCAAUAUACCUAUGUGGAAGGUGGGCGAGAGGAGGAACAGCGUGAGUUGGACCGGGUAACCAACGAGGAGCGCAAGGUUUGUGGUGAGGCUCUUCGCAUCGGCCGAACAGGGUGGAGCGAAAGUGUCAUGGUAUGGAUUCACGUCUUAACAUUGAGAGUCUUUGUCGAGGCCGUACUGCGAUACGGAUUGCCGCUUGACUAUGUGACUGCAUUGGUGAAGACGACUCCCAAGCUGGCACCCAAGGUCAAGGCAGCGCUUGACUCCAAGUACUCAUACCUGGGAGGAAAUGCCUUUGGCCGCGACAAGCGUGGCAGGGUCACCAAAGAUGACGCGGCCAUGUCCUCCGAGAUGGCGGCGGCAGGCCUUGGAACUGGUGAAGGACACGAGUAUACAGCCUAUGUUUAUUAUGAGUUGGAAUUCCCGUGA